UCCCGCCCCUCUCCGCCCCCUUGGUCUUCAGGCUGACUGACCCGCAGGCCGGCAUCGCGGGUGCCGGACAACCUCGGGCGGCGGUGGAGCCAGGCGCUGGAGAGCCUAGGGAUCUGGUGGGUCCGCACGCGGGCCGGGACGAACUGGUAUUCGUGGGAGUCCGGCACAGCUGACCACCCCCGCCCAGCAGCUCGCUGUGAUGGUAGCUGGCUUGAACCUCCUGCUGCGCGCCCUGCCGCUGUUGCUGUGGGGCUGCCAGAACGCACAGCCCACCCAGCACGGACACCCGGAGCUGCGCCAGAAGGCAGAGGCAUUCCUGGAGAAGUACGGAUACCUCCGUGAGCAGGGCUCCAAAGCUCCUGCCUCCACUCUGUUCAAGAAUGCCAUCAGAGAGUUCCAGUGGAUAUCCCAGCUGCCCAUCAGUGGGGUGCUGGACCAGGCCACACUGCACCAGAUGACCCGCCCACGCUGUGGGGUUGCUGAUACUAACAGUCAGGCAACUUGGACAGAGAGGAUCAGUGCCCUGCUUGCUGGACAGCGAGCCAAAACGAGGCGUAAGAAACGCUUUGCCAAGCCAGCAGGUAACAAAUGGUACAAGCAGCAUCUUUCCUACCGCCUGGUGAACUGGCCUGAGCGCCUGCCCGAGCCAGCUGUUCGAGGGGCAGUACGUGCGGCCUUCCAGCUGUGGAGUAAUGUGUCGGCGCUGGAGUUCUGGGAGGCCCCAGCCACGGGCCCUGCUGACAUCCGCCUCACCUUCUUCCAAGGAGACCACAACGAUGGGCUGGCCAACGCCUUCGAUGGCCCAGGGGGCGCCCUGGCGCACGCCUUCCUGCCCCGCCGUGGCGAAGCGCAUUUCGACGGAGACGAGCGCUGGUCUCUGAGCCGCCGCCGUGGGCGCAACUUGUUCGUUGUGUUGGCUCAUGAGAUCGGCCACACGCUGGGUCUCACACACUCGCCCGCACCACGUGCGCUCAUGGCGCCCUACUACAAGAAGCUGGGCCGCGACGCCUUGCUCAGCUGGGACGAUGUGCUAGCAGUGCAGAGCCUGUACGGAAAGCCCCUGGGACGCUCAGUAGCCACCCAACUCCCCGGAAAGGUGUUCACUGACUUUGAGGCCUGGGACCCCCACAACGCCCAGAGCGGACGCCCGGAAACCAGAAGUCCUAAAUACUGCCACUCGUCCUUUGAUGCCAUCACCGUGGACAGGCAAUGGCGACUGUACGUCUUCAAAGGGAGUCACUUCUGGGAAGUCACAGCUGAUGGUAAUGUUUCAGAGCCUCGUCCACUACAGAAAAGAUGGCCGGGACUGCCCCCUAGUAUUGAGGCUGCCGCAGUGUCUUUGGAAGACGGAGACUUCUACUUCUUCAAAGGGAAUCGCUGUUGGAGGUUCCGGGGCACGAAGUCCGAGUGGGGGUUCGCACAGCUCUGCCGGGCAGGCGGUCUACCCCGACACCCGGACGCAGCUCUCUUCUUCCCGCCUCUGCGUCGCCUAGUCCUCUUCAAGGGUUCCCGUUACUAUGUGCUGGCUCGAGGAGGGAUGCAAGUGGAACCCUACUAUCCCCGCAGCCUGCGGGACUGGGCCGGGGUCCCUGAGGAGGUCAGCGGCGCCCUGCCAAGGCCGGAUGGCUCCAUUAUCUUCUUCAGAGAUGACCACUAUUGGCACUUGGAUCAAGCCAAACUUCGGGUGACCAGCUCCGGCCACUGGGCCACCGAGCUGUCCUGGAUGGGCUGUUGGAAUGCCAACUCAGGAGGUGCUCUGUUCUGAAGGCUCCCCAUCACUGAAUGAACCAUGGUUGCUGCCACCUGAGGGAUGGGGCCUGUCUAGAAAGCCCCUGAACCUCUCAAGAUGCUCCAAGCAGGAGAUCAAUUCUGCAUUUGUUCCCUGGGGUGGAAGGAGAACUAAGGUUCCUGUAGCCUUUUCCCUCAAUGUUCUGGUGAAAAUGCUGUCCUAUGCCCAUAGUGCAGAGUCCCAAGUCCCGGGAAGAUGCAAAACUCAGCUGAGGCUGGUAUGUGCAGGACCCUCUCUUGCAGUGCCUUUCAGACUCAAUUCUUGGGAAAUCACGUGUUCUUUCAUCGGAGACUUCACCCCACCGCCUACACUCAGCAAGCUGGGAUGUAGUGAGGCCUCAAGGAUCCCUUCCCCACCAACCCCGGCCCCGCUGUCAGAGGCUCUCUGUUGGAUCAGGAGGCAGACCAGAAGGGACUGUGUUCCCCCUGGGCCUGACUUAUUGUCUGGGCUAAUGAAGAAGCACCCCCAGCUGGAUGACGGACUCAUCCACCCUUCUCCAUAGAAGCACAUGGGUACUGGGUGCUGGAGACACAAGGACCGUGAUCUUAUAUCCAACCCAGGGACAGCCAGCUGUGUAUGGUUAUCAUGGAGAGAAGGGGUGAACCUCUCUUCAAAGUGCAGAACAUCUUCACCCCAUUUGCCUCCAAGAUGAAUAUCUUGAGCAUCAGGAAGAUGAAAGAGGGCCCUUGGGGGGGGGCGGCUCUCAGGAUGCAGCCUCCAUCAUGCUUUGCAGGGCGCGUGAGGCCUGUUUGCUCGAAAUGGCCCUAUUCUCCAGGCCACACACACAGCAGCAUUCCAAAGCUCACGCUGUCUGGCCAAGAAUAGCUGGGAUUCCUGCAGAAGGAACCAGCUCCCUGCCUUCUCCUUUUGUCUCAGCCUGUCUCAGUAUUAAUUUUAGCAUCUGGAUCUCCAGCCCUCACUCUUCCCUCUCCACCUACCAGUGCCACACACACACACACACACACACACACACACACACACACAACACACACGAGUGACCACCAACAACCAGGUCUCAGGGAGGAGAGAAUCCGGCAAGGGAGCAGCCCGCAGUUCCCCAGAGGCAUUGCUGGCCAUGCGCCCUCCUUUCUUCUCUGUGCAGUGGACAGAAUGGCCUUUGACUGCCCUUGGAUGCAAUUGCUUUGUACUGCCCCAGGGAAAACCGUGGAACCGCCCUGCUAACCCACUGCUGCCAGGGUUGUACCCAGCGGGAGAAAAAGGAGAGUCUCAUCUUUAUCACUCCAGUCCACCUCAAACGACUCCGAUUGGAGACUUUAUUGCCGAGUUAGAGGGAACGAGGCAAUUUAUUAAGAGGGCAGAGGGAACCCCGAGGCUAUUUUUCUCCAGGCCAUGCCUGGAUAGAGGCCAGAGGACCCGAAAACAAUGCAGGUAAGGCUGUGUUGAAGGUGUGAGGGUCAGGAGGGCUGUAGGUGCUGGGUACUGUCUGGGGAGGAGUGUCUAGUUUCUGCUAUAGUUCUGCAAGACAACAGGUGGAACCGUGAACCGACAGUGGAGGGAGGCGCUAAGGAUGGCGGUUUGAAGGGACAGUUCUGUGGAACUCACUAGAGAUAGAAGAGUUUGGAGCAUUUUGGGCGCAGGAGCUGGGAGUGGUAGAGCUCAGAGUUGCUGGCGGCCUCCACCUUACCCAGGUCAGGAUGCUCAAGAAUACAGUGCUCCACGUAGGCCGGGUGGCUGUGCAGAGUCUUGCAUUUCUUGCAGAAAAGGAUCUCACAGCGCGCACAGCCCCCGAGGCGCGGUGGCCGCCGCCGGGUCUCCAACACGCACCGUUCCUCCGGGGCACCCCGCUUCCUGCGGGCCGGGGACAUGAGUGCUCAGAGCCCUGCAACCCUCCUCCCUAAGGCUCGGCCCCAGGUCCUUGGCGUCUCACCUGUCCGCGGGGGCCGCCAGGCUACCCAGCAGAGCGAACGGGCUGAGCCAGCCCCAGAAGCUGCUGUCCGAGCGUCGCAGCAGCGCCACCUGCUGGCUGCUGGGCUCCUGGCGCAGCGGACUGUAGGACACCGAGCGGGCCUCUCGCUCGUCCGCCUCUCGGGAGUCCUCCUCCGUCUCCGUCGCGCUCUCGGGGUCCGACCUCUCCUCCACUGAGGACGGCGACGAGGACGACGAUGAAUCGUCCUCCAGCUCCUCCUCUCUGGCCUCGGGAUCCUCUACCUCUUUCCUCCACAAAGGGGUCUUCACGCCUGUAGGCGGGGACAGGGUCAAAUGCAGCCCGCUGCCCUGGCUGCUUGCGUGGAGGAGAUGCCUCCUGCCGGCUGCUACCUGCCGAAGGGCUUCGGAGUCCCAGAUUCCCGGACUGCUGCCGAGUUCCCACCCUCUUGAGCGUCCUUGCUAAGGAUUCCAAGCAAGUCACCUCGCUUCCAUCAAUCUCCAUUUUUUCCGUCUCUGAAGCAGGAAAAGUAGAAUCUACCUCAAGAGUUGUCUGUGAGACUGACUUUAGACAGUUGUGGGUAAAGCAGUUUCCUGCUUGGCGUUGGGCAAGCAAUCAACGAACAUAUAUAUUGCCAACCCGGAAGGAGGAUUACCCAACAUUAAUAGACCAAUUGUCAUUUCAACAGGUGGUCGUUUACGAGUUGGGUUUUCUUUUUUAAUGAAUUAGUUGUUUACUAAUUUUCAUUAUUGAUGUAGUCUCCGUAUGUUGUUCUAGCUGAAGAGGAAAACUCACUAUAUAGACCAGGCUGGCCUAGAACU